AUGUUGUCAAGGCAAUCAGUGUUUGCUAGAUCACUAGCUAGGAACUUGUAUAAACCUAAUUUCAGGCCAAGGUCAUCGGUAUCUCAAAGAUUUCAAUCGACAAAAUCAUCGACACCACCACCGCCACCUCCAUCCGAUAAAUCAAAAGCUCAAGUAUUGAUUGUAAUGGGUGUUUUGGCACUUGGGUCAACCAUUGCGGCUGCAUAUUAUAGAACAGAGCAGCCAAAAUCUGCAUUUGAACCAGCAUCAACCUUUGAAUCAUCAUCGUCACCAGAAUUCCCCCCUGGCAAAAUCUCAGUCAUCUUUGUGCUUGGAGGACCCGGUUCGGGCAAGGGAACACAAUGCGACAAACUCGUCCAGGAAAAAGGGUUUGUUCAUCUUUCAGCUGGAGACUUGCUUCGAGCAGAACAGAAUCGGUCGGGGUCCCAAUACGGCCAGCUAAUUGCCCAAUGUAUCAAGGAAGGAACCAUCGUGCCACAAGAAGUCACGGUUCAAUUGCUCAAGAACGCCAUCAAGGAAAACUAUGAGCAUGGGAAAAGCAAGUUUUUGGUUGAUGGGUUCCCGAGAAAGAUGGACCAAGCAUUCACGUUUGAAAACACCAUUGCCAAGUCUGCAUUCACCUUGUUUUUCGAGUGUCCCGAGUCGGUGAUGUUGAAGAGAUUAUUAGAGCGGGGCAAGACUAGUGGUCGCGCAGAUGACAAUAUCGAAAGCAUAAAGAAGAGGUUCAAGACUUUUAUCGACACUUCGAUGCCCGUGGUUGACUACUUCGACAAAGAAGGCAGAGUUGUUAAAGUCCAAUGUGAUCAUCCCGUUAACGUUGUUGCUUCACAAGUUCUAGACGCAUUGAAAGCUAGAGGUAUCUAA